UGUCAGCUGUCGUCAAAAUGCAAGCAAUUUGUCUAUGGUCUAUGGUCAAACGGGGAAGAUAGAGAUUUCGCGUUGGGAUUGGGAAAUUAGGAUUAAAACCAAAUAUUUAUACAUUAACACAUUAUACCUCGUUAUUUUGUAAUGAUUUUCAUUUUGUUUGUUCUUGGAAGUUUAUACUUUCCCUGUGUCACAAGAUCAGAAUACUCUAAUCAUACAUUUAAAAAUACCAUUGUUUGUCGUUCUUGUGGUAAUAAUAUUACUAGUACUGAAGUAAUAACAUCUAAGCGUAGUUCAGAAUCUAGUCAUUCAUUUGAGGAAGCUGUAUUUAAUGACGAUAACGUUUUAAUUCAGUUAUUGUCGAAAGAUAACUUCGAAUUCCACGUCAUAACCACUUUACAAGCUACGUGCGAGAAUUUCGGACAGUGGCAAGAAGAAGAGUUAUGGUAUCCUGGAUAUCAAUGGAAGCCUUGCAUUUGCCCCGAGUGCGGUACAUUUGUGGGUUGGGUCUAUAAGAGCUCUGAUAUAGAACUAUUUCGACCACAGAUAUUCUAUGUUCUUAUUGCAUCCAGCUUAAUAAGUGAUUCUUUGAUUGAUUCUUUAAUAGUCUACCCCAAAAUAUAAUCAUGACUUCUGAUUUUUCUGCCGAAGAUAAAGAUUUUUUAGCACAAUGCGAAGAGGAAUUAAAAGACCGUUAUACUGAGUUAGAUGAAGAUU